AUGGCAAGACUUGGUAACGACAUACGUGGUCUUCAAGAAGACGGUAGAUUUGUGACUGUCGAUGGGUAUGAGGCGUAUUAUGGUGAUUGUGUUGCCACGGUUACUGGGUUGGAUGCAGAUAGGCUAGGUUAUUUUGACAUUGAAGAUGAAAUAACGAAGUUGGGAUAUGAAAACUGGGGUAGAAUAUGUUAUAAGCAUCGGACAACACGUGAAUUUAAAGAUAUAACAGAUGAUGCUGGUGUUAUGGAUUGUUUGGGUCAAAUGCAGGGAAACAAAAGAUAUGUUGAAAUAUAUGUGCAAACUGCACAUUUAAAGAAACCGUGUGGGGUUGCUGUGUGUCAACAAGAAAAUGGAUCUAGGAAUAGGGUAUCUGAAGUUGCUGAGGUAGACCAAGCAAAGGAUACUAGUGAGAAGCUGGUUGAUACUAGUGACAAGCUGGAUGGCAGCAAGACUUUUGUUAGUAGACAUGUCUUCAUUUUCAGGUUGUUUGGUAUUUAA